AUGUGGUUUGAGAAGUGUUUUUACCAUUGCUUUGCUGACCACCUCUGUGCUGUGCCUGUGUGCCCCAGGGUCAACAGCAGCCUGUCCAGUGAUGAGCUUCUCCUGGAAGACUUGGAGACGGAAGGAGAGAGGCAGCUGAAGAGUCUCCUUCACCACCAGCUCGAUACCACUGUCUCCAUCGAGCAGUGCAAGUCAAAGCGAAGAUGCUUUGCCCCUGCAGCAUUUUACAAGCCUUUUGGGGAGGAGGCUGCAGGGGCUUUGACCUUGUCACAGUUCCAGGCCCUGCAGGAGAGCAGCAAAGAAACUUCCUCUCUCCGAGAACUGGGGCUCUCCGACUCGGAGAUUCUGCUCUGGAAGAACCGGACUUCAACCAGGAAGGGCUCUGGGCUGGGAGCAGCCCCAGAGGCCACGCAGGACCGACUCCAUGCCAUCCAGGAGAAGAUGGAAGAGGGUCCGAGGUUUGCUGGCAGCAAGCAGCUGAGCCGGAGGGAGAUGGAGAUUGAGAACGCCCUCUUCCAGGGAACAGACCGCCACUCCUUCCUCCGGGCGCUCUACCACGAAGAUGACACUCAGAAGAGGGUAACAGACGAAAAGGACCCCAUGGUUCAUCUGGAAAGUGUUUACCAAGAGCUGCUGAGCAAGAAGUGUCCUGAAAAAGUCCAGCCUGCUAGUAAGAGUGACUCAUGCUUGUGUCCUUCCCUGGCCUCGAAGGGGCCUGUGACUAACGAGUCAUCACUUCCUGACCAGGAAGAGCAAGCAGAGCAGGCAGCAAGUUCCAGUGUUCCUGCAACAAAUCCCCACCAGUCAUCUCCAAGGCUUGUGGUUAUCAAAGAGGCUGUAGAGUUUGUCCCAGAAGAGGAGAUCUGCAAGAACCGUCUCUCAGAGGAAGAACUACGGAAAAUACCCAGGUUCUCAUCCUACCAUCCAGGGGAGCCCAGCAAGGUGCUGUAUUUGAAGAACCUGGGCCCUCGGGUGACAGUGAAGGACCUAGUGUCCUUGUUUGCUCGGUUCCAGAAGGAGGACAACCCACUGAUCCAGUUCCGCCUCCUGAGCGGCCGGAUGAGGGAUCAGGCUUUCAUCACCUUCCCUGAUAUUGAGUCGGCCCAGAGUGCCCUACAGCUGGUGAACGGGUACAAGCUGCAGGGGAAGCCACUGGUGAUCGCAUUUGGGAAAAGCAAGAGGCAUUUGCCAGAGGUUGACUCUGCCAUCCCCAGCUCCUCUGCUGCAGAGAACAACCCUUUCACGUAAGGGAUGGAUAACCAGGAACCUUGUGGAUUUCAGUGAGCCAUGGGAACUCCUUGGUUGUACCUGGGACAGAGGAGGAGUGUGGGGAAUUAAUAUGGAGGUCCAUUAAUCUUAGAGUGGAGAAGGGAGAGAGCUGGGGACUAGUCUCAUGCUUGGGUAAAGUGGGCACUGCCUUUGCACUGUUG